UCCACUUGGUCAUUGCACUGGACAAGUGGCAGUCUGAUUUCAAUCUUUUGCUGGCAACAAGGAUGUCCUCGGUGUCAUCUCCUUCCUUUAUUCUGAACUAGAUGAAUGAUCAUUUGGACUAAGAAGAUAAAAUGGCACCCAAAGCACCUCCUAAACCUCCACCACCAAAGAAUGUUUUCGAGCGAUUCGGUGACUACCUGGAUUCAGAUCAAGGCAAACAAAGAACUAAAAUACUGGUGGUCCUCUUCUUCCUUCUUGCUGUGCUGAUGAGCUAUCUGUACAAAGUUGAAGUGAAUAAGGGUGAGGGGCUUAAAAAAGCAGUGGCUUCAAUUCGGCAAUUUGCUGUGGAUUACGAUCCAAGUUUAUUAGACAAAACUGAUUUGGAGGUCCUUGCUGCAGUUCAUCACUUUACAUUGAAGCUGUUGAAUUGGACCCUAAAGAACGAAGAGCUAGAACAAGAACUUAAAAUUCUUAUUGAAAUGGUUCCAGCCUGGCAUGCGUUCGAAAAAAAUCUCUACUACUUUUCUAAUGAAAGGAAAACUUGGAAGGAGGCUCGUCAAGACUGUCUAACAAGGCAUACUGCAGAUUUGGUUUCUUGUAGAUAUGGUGAAGAACAAGGCUUUAUAGAUAAUAUGGCACUUAAAAAGAACCGCGACUAUUGGGUUGGACUCUAUAAGAACGCCAGUGUUCGUGGUGGGCUGUUGUGGCUAAAUGGAUUAGUUGCAGGAACUUUGUACUGGAGUGGAGGGCAACCAGAUGGUGGAGAUAAAGAAAACUGCAUUGUUACCGUACCUCCCUGCUCAAUUAAGAACUGUUGGCAUGAUGCUCCUUGUGCAGAGAAAAGAUACUUUUGUUGUAAGAUGAGACCAAAUGACAUCUGGUUCUACUAGCUAAUUCAAGAUGGUGGAAUCUGAGUAUGAGAUCUCCAAACCCAGCGGCAUUGGCACUAAUAAAUGCAUGGUGGGAACCA